CGUCACUAGGCGACAUAAGUCCCACAAUGCAGCGUCAUUUUAAGCUAAACUGAGUGACUUUAAGUCCUCUGACAGUGAACAACUUCAAACAUACCUCUUGAUUCUCCUCAGAUCUCUGGUUUCCAUCCUUUCAGCCUGUGGCUGUGGGAUCAGGGUAACGACUAAUAAACUAAUUAUGGAUCCUGAAUCUGAACAUCGCCUGCUACGCCAAAUCAACAUUCAAAAUGACAACUUGAGCCCUGUUAAAAUGACACAGAGUCUGUAUUGUCGGAGACCCAGCGGGUCACCAUUAACUUCACCCAGUAAGUUUGGAGACAGAUUCAUCCCGACCAGAGCAGGGGCCAACUGGAAUAUCAACUUCCACAGGAUCAAUGAAAAUGAGAAGUCACCAAGUCAAAACAGAAAGACAAAGGAUGCUUCUUCUGAUAAUAUCAAAGCAGAUGGGCUGGCCUACUCUGCCUUAUUGAAGAAUGAGCUGCUGGGAGCAGGAAUAGAAAAGAUCCAGGAUCCGCAGACAGAGGACAGACGUAUACAGCCUUCAACCCCUGAGAAGAGGAGUCUUUUCACUUACUCACUUAGUACAAAAAGGUCAUCACAAGACGAUGGCAUCAACAUCUCCCCCUACUCUCUAUCACCUGUCAGCAUCAAAAGUCAGAAGUUGUUGCGUUCACCAAGAAAGCCAACUCGUAAGAUCUCCAAGAUACCCUUUAAAGUUUUGGACGCUCCAGAACUGCAGGAUGACUUUUACCUUAAUUUGGUGGACUGGUCAUCCCUCAACGUGCUCAGUGUCGGCCUGGGCACAUGUGUUUACCUGUGGAGUGCCUGUACCAGCCAGGUAACAAGGCUAUGUGAUCUAUCAGUGGAGGGAGACUCAGUCACAUCAGUUGGGUGGUCUGAAAGGGGUAACCUGGUAGCAGUGGGGACGCACAAAGGCUACGUUCAGAUCUGGGAUGCGGGUGCUGGGAAGAAACUCUUUUCCCUGGAAGGACACACAGCCAGAGUUGGAGCAUUAGCCUGGAAUGCAGACCAGUUGUCUUCAGGAAGCCGUGAUCGUAUGAUUCUUCAAAGAGAUGUACGGACUCCCCCACUUCAGUCAGAGAGACGGCUACAGGGACACAGGCAGGAAGUGUGCGGCUUGAAGUGGAGCACUGACCAUCAGCUGCUCGCCUCAGGUGGCAACGACAAUAAGCUGCUGGUGUGGAACCAUUCCUCAUUGAGCCCAGUGCAAGUAUACAUGGAUCACCUGGCUGCAGUGAAAGCCAUUGCCUGGUCUCCCCACCAGCACGGCCUGCUUGCCUCUGGGGGCGGCACUGCCGACCGCUGUAUUAGAUUUUGGAACACCCUGACGUCUCAGCCACUGCAGUGUAUGGACACCGGCUCACAGGUCUGCAACCUGGCCUGGUCCAAGCAUGCUAAUGAGCUGGUGAGCACCCAUGGCUACUCUCAGAACCAGAUCUUGGUGUGGAAAUAUCCAGCGCUCACCCAAGUAGCCAAACUCACAGGACACUCCUACAGAGUGCUCUACCUGGCCAUGUCCCCAGACGGUGAGGCGAUUGUCACAGGAGCUGGAGACGAGACGCUGCGUUUCUGGAAUGUGUUCAGUAAAACAAGGUCAACAAAGGAAUCUGUAUCGGUUCUAAAUCUCUUUACCAGGAUACGGUGACUUUGAAAAAAUAAUAUAAAAAAACUCUAUUGACUGAUGAGUGUCACCACUGGACAACUCAUCACCAUGGUGCUAAGAACAGACAGAACAAACUAAGGCAUUUCGUUACAUUUUUUUUCACAGAGGAAAUGGCAAGUGUUUUUAAAAAAAAAAAUGUUUUUAUGCAAACUAUUUUUGGGGCGGGGAUUUUUUUGACUGGUAUGAAACAUUUAUUUCAUUAUGAAUAAUAUAUAAUAUUAUAAAAAUAAGUGGGUUGGUUUCCAUUUGUUUUGCAUUUUUGUAUAUUCACAACAAGAAAUCAUAUGCCUUACUUAAAAAUGUUGUAAUACCAUUUCCGUUGUUAUGGAAUCUGAAAUGUGGAGAGAUCAUUUUAGGUUUUGUUUAACUCAGGUCUAAUUUAUUUAACGCACUUACAAUACGAUAAACAUUAAAAGAGUUGUCUGUCAGACUUCGCUAGAUUGUUUAAAAAUGCCAUUACAUAUGAUGUUAAAAAGUAAACAAUCACCUACUAAGGCCUUUACAAUAUGUACUCUAUGUUUACUUAGAUCCUUAAAAACUAAGGCUGAACAGUUGUAGGCUGAAAUAAAGUGGACAGAAAGUCUAAUGCUGUGCAUGUAGACAUCUACUACAUGGUUGAU